AGUUAGUUCCGGUUUGAUAAUGGUAACAUGGACUGACCUUAUUACGAGUUAUCGAGAGACCUAGCUCUUAGUAAACAUUUUACGCGUUCUAUAUGGCUAACUUUUUAUAGGGUCAAAAUGGGUGUUUAAUUGUAGGACACUUUUAUUUGAUGACAUAAUUAACAUUUUCGGCAGAACACAGCAGUCAGGGGACUUCUAUGUGUGACGGCGUCGACAAAAAAAUUGAACAGUCUACACAAGAUCUUCAGUUUUACUAGACUGGCUAGUUGAAUCCGGAAGAGAACUGUCAUCUUAAACAAGACUGUUGUAAAAGUGAAACAAUAUCGGUGAUCUGAAGCCAUGGCACGAGCACAGGUACAAACGCAGCUAGAAGAGGACCUGAGACGCACCUGUUGGGUUUGUUUUGCCACUGAUGAAGAUGACCGCAGUGCCCUCUGGGUCAAGCCUUGCAAGUGUAAAGGAACAUCAAAAUGGGUACAUCAGGCCUGUUUGCAGAGAUGGAUCGAUGAAAAACAAAGAGGAAACAGCACAGCCAAAGUAUCAUGCCCACAAUGCAAUACAGAAUAUAUAAUAAUUUUUCCAAAAUUAGGUUCAGUUGUUUACCUCAUGGAUGUAGCUGAUCGAAUAAUCUACAAAACAUGCCCAUUUCUUGCUGGAGGGAUAUUUGUUGGAUCAGUAUACUGGACAGCUGUAACAUAUGGAGCUUUGACUGUGAUGCAGGUAUUUGGACAUACAGAGGGUCAGUCCAAAAUGGAACAAGCAGACCCACUGUUUCUGCUCCUGAUCCUCCCUGCCAUACCAGUUAUGUUGAUCCUAUCCAAAAUGGUGCGAUGGGAAGAUUAUUUCUUAAAAAUAUGGAGGAAACAUUCUUCAAAAGUGCCUUUCCUCAAUCUCUUAUUCCCAGGAUCCCAGAAUCGACUCCAGCGUGUUCCAGCUCAGCCGAGCCCUCUCUCAGAUCCAGUCUCUGCCACCCGAGUUUUGUGUGGAGCUCUGGUGCUUCCCACUGUGGCUACAAUGGCUGGGAAACUUAUGUUUGGUAAUAUCAGGUCCAAUUUUCAGAGAACUCUUAUGGGAGGAGUAGCAUUCAUUUUAAUCAAAGGGGUAUUGAAGAUAUACUACAAACAGCAACAGUAUUACAGGCAAGCUCAGAGGCAGGUUUUGGAUUAUCCAUCAGAUUCAGAGUGAACUUGACGCGUACACUGAGACUAAGCCAUGUAGAUUAUAUUUAAAGAAUUGAGUUUUCAUUGAUGGUAGAAGGGAUAUGCAGUAAGUGUAUUGAUGUAUGAUAUACCUUAAACAUUAUUAAAUCAUUUCACUGAGUACUUCUUCAACAUACUGAUUGAAUUUUUUUUUAAUGAAGAGGUUUAUAGUUUUUUUUUUCAAAAGAGAUACUGUUUAAAGUUUGUUGUUAAAAAGAUUAAUAUUAACAUGUACAUUUUGUGCUUUGCAAAUUAGUAAGGAUUUUAAUUAACAUACCACCACACUAAUAUGGAUAUUUGGCACAGUUACUAAGUGACAAGUAUUGUCAGUUUUAAAACUUUCUGCCAAAAAGAGAAAUUACUGUUUAUUACAUGAUAGUUUCUCAUUUUCUGCACAUGGUUUGUUAUCUGAUGUUAUUUCAAACACUAUUUAGUUGAUGUGUUUCAUCUCAGAUUUAUUUAAAAAGGAAGUUUGGCAGGUAAAAGGUCAAAUUAAGUAGUAUUGGUUAGGAUUUAAAAAAAAAAUAUGCAUUUUUGUUGCAUAAAUUAAUUUAGAAGUGCAUAUGUAUUCCGUAAGUCUUUUUAUGAAACAUUUUACGAUUCACGCAUUUAACACUGGAAUCACUUCUUACUAUGAUCUGUAUUAAACAGAAAUAUAUUGGUGACAGAUAAUAUUAUGGCUACUGCACUGGGCCUGUUUUUGGCCCAUUUCAUGAAUUCAUACUAUAUUUUAAAGAAUGCAGGAUAUAACUUGAGUGGUAUGCUUCCUUUUAUUCAUAACCAAGUAUGCAAAUUAAUGCAGAACAGUUACUUGGCACAGACAUACAUGGAUACUGUGUUUUAAGUAUUGGGCGACAAGCAAGUGAUGAUUUUAGGAAUGAUAAAAAAGUAAAGAGU